GGGGGGCCGCUCCUUCCCCCGGCGGCCUUCGCAGUCGCUGCCCUGAGCCGGAGCGGAGCAGGCGGGAAGAGAUGGCGUCCCAGCCGCCGCCGCCCCCCAAACCCUGGGAGACCCGCCGGAUUCCCGGGGCCGGCCCCGGCCCCACUUUCCAAUCUGCUGAUUUGGGCCCUACUAUAUUGACAAGACCCGGACAACCCACACUCACCAGAGUGCCCCCACCUAUCCUUCCCAGGCCAUCCCAGCAGACGGGGGGCAACAGCGUAAACACUUUCAGGCCUGCUUACAGUUCGUUUUCUUCUGGAUACGGAGCCUAUGGGAAUUCAUUUUAUGGAAGCUAUAGCCCUUAUAGUUAUGGAUAUAAUGGUUUGGGCUUCAACCGCCUCCGCAUGGACGACCUCCCACCCAGUAGGUUUGUUCAGCAGGCCGAGGAAAGCAGCAGAGGUGCGUUUCAGUCCAUUGAGAGCAUCGUGCACGCCUUCGCCUCCGUCAGCAUGAUGAUGGACGCCACCUUCUCAGCCGUCUACAACAGCUUCCGGGCCGUGCUGGAUGUAGCCAAUCACUUCUCCCGCUUAAAAAUACACUUCACAAAGGUUUUCUCAGCCUUUGCGUUAGUUAGAACUAUAAGAUAUCUUUAUAGACGGUUACAGUGGAUGAUGGGCUUACGAAGAGGCUCUGAGAAUGAGGACCUAUGGGCAGAAAGUGAAGGAACUGUGGCCUGCCUCGGUGCUGAGGACCAAGCAGCUAACUCAGCAAAAUCUUGGCCAAUAUUCCUAUUCUUUGCUGUUAUCCUUGGUGGUCCUUAUCUCAUCUGGAAACUUCUGUCUACACACAGUGAUGAGGGGACAGAUAAUAUCAACUGGGCAAGUGGCGAGGACGACCAUGUAGUUGCUAGAGCAGAAUAUGAUUUUGCUGCUCUGUCUGAUGAAGAAAUUUCCUUCCGUGCUGGCGAUAUGUUAAAUUUAGCCCUCAAAGAACAACAGCCCAAAGUGCGUGGCUGGCUGCUCGCGAGUCUGGAUGGUCAAACAACAGGACUUAUACCUGCAAAUUAUGUCAAAAUUCUUGGUAAAAGAAGAGGCAGAAGGACGGUAGGGUCGAACGCGGUGCCCAAGCAGCAGCAGGCUUUUAGCAGCCCAGCAGUAACCAAGGGAGUCACUGCUGCCGAUGCUUUGGACGAACAGGAAGCUGCCUUUGAGUCUGUUUUUGUUGAAACGAAUAAAGUUCCGGGUGCACCUGAUUCUACAGGGAAAAAUGGAGACAAACAAGACCUUUGAUGUCGUUCAUGUUUGCGUGCAGGUGAACAGUACUCUAGAGUACUUUUUGAAAUUAUUUCUUCCAGAGAAAAUAAUUUGCAGUUAAAUGAAAGCAUUUGCUGGCGGCUCUCCCAGGCGUUUUGCUGCUAGCAGCUAAUUAGUCACACACUAGUGUGCUAGCUAGUGAUCUGGCGACACCUGACCAUUUGCUGGACCAUGAGGACUGUCGUCUCACCUAGCUUUUAAGAUUAUGGAAAUUGUUGUUGUUAGCUUCAUCUUAUCUAAACCCCUCAGCUUAUAGAACAAUAAAUUUGACAAACAGUAGGAUACACAAGUUGCCUCAGAAGGGAUUAUUAAUGCUCAAAAUGUUUUAAUUGUAUUGUCAGCUCAGAGGAAAAUACACAAGGACUGUUAACACAUGUGCAUGCUCUCACAUCCUUUCCAGUACGUGGCCAGUUACAGUUGCUCAUUACCUGAAUACAGCUGCUCCUUACUUUAUGCUUUCUUUAAUGGAAAAGGAACAAAUUACAGUUAAUAUUAUUUUUCCAGACAUUGUUUCUCUGUGUAGCCUUGGCUUCCUGGACUCGCUCUCUAGUCCAGGCUGGCCUCGAACUCAGAGAUCUGCCUGCCUCUGCCUCCUGAGUGCUGGGAUUAAAGGCGUGCACCACCAUGCCCGGCUUAAAUUUUUAUUUUUAAUAGAUUGUGAAAAUACUUUUACUGGAGAAUUAAAAAUAUUUUAAACUUGAUUUUUUUUUUUCAAGAUAAAUGUUAACUUGCAAAUCAGAGUUAACAGGGUCUGUUUGCCUCCCCCAGAACACUGUGUAUAU